GUAUUAAUUUAGUCCCAUCUCACGUCGUCUAAUGUAAAAAACUUUUUAUUAUACUUAAUUAGAUGCACCACUUAUUACAUAAUUAAACUAAACUAAAUUUUUCAUUUAAUUUGAGAUAAAAGUAAACAGCUAUUUUCAUACUAUCAAAUAUAAUUGAAGAAAUUAAAGUAAAAUCGUGUAUUAUUCUAAUAUUGCUCUGACAGGAUUAGAUCCAUAACGUAGACUACCUAGUUUUUGCCAACAGAAUGUUUACUAACCCUUUGACAUUAUAAUUUAAAGAUUAACAUUAUUUUUUUGUUCUACAAUAUUUUUAUAUAGUAUAGUUCAGACUUAAAUAUUACCGCGCUAUCAAAAAACCAUAACCAAGGCAAGGCAAUCCCCUCUACGAAUACGUUCAGAAACUAUAUGUAAACCUUAAUAUAUUAAUACGAACCGAACUAUAUCCUUUACAAGAUUUCUUAAUUCUAAUAAUAUGAAACUAUAUAAUCAACUUGAGUUGUUAGAUAAACUACUCAAGUUAAUUAUAUAUUUACUAAUUAUAAAUGUUGAAUAGUAUGUAUACCUAUGAAAUAGCUGUUUCAAAACUGGCGCCGAACGAAAGCACUCAACUCCAUGCAACUACGACACCUUGCGACUAAAAUCAGAAACGAUAAUGAACAAAGAGAGAAGCUAGCCACCACUAGAAAAAUAAGGUUGUGUUCUGUCUCCGUCUAUUGCAUAAAAAAUGUUCAAGUGUGAAUGCGAUGCCCUGUACACUUUCGGCCAUCAUAACCAUCUUUCAUUCUUGUGCAACUGUUUCUCUUCGGCCGUGUACUAGUGCAAACGCAGGAUGGACGCCAUUCGUACGAGAUAAUUUUUGUUCGCUCCUGAAGCGUAUAUACGUGUUCGGUGUCGGGCGUGGAACUAUGCUAUAGUGAAACUGGUGUACGGUGCUUUCGGUCUGGCGGUGCAGUGUCGACGUGCUUGGAGAUCGGCCUCAGCUCGAGGCAAGGCGGUGAGACGAGGCGCGUGCAGCAGCCCGAGGCAUGGCGGGCGCGAGCUGAAGAGACGGCCGCGGCCUCCGGUGUCAGGCCGCUCGCGCUCCGCCGCCGGCCCAAUGAGCGGGGCAGAUUCUACGCGGCGGAGGUUAUUUUAUGGGUAUUUGCGUGAGCUGCCGGCGCCGCGAGCGGAAGGCACCCGAGAAACGGUCGGUGCCGGGUGCAGGCGGGACCGCUAAGGGCCCUGCGGCGGCUGAACUGCUGCCGCGGCGUGUUGAUCACCUGCCAGCCAUGGCCAACUCCAUUUCCAACAUCAAGAUGACCAACCCAAUCAAGGGAAUAGUCAGCAAGCGUCGAAAACGAUAUAUGAAGGACGGUUUCAACUUAGACUUAGCAUAUAUAACAGAUAGGUUGAUAGCGAUGGGAUUUCCAGCAGAGAAACUUGAAGGGGUGUACAGGAACCACAUCGAUGAGGUCUGCAGGUUUUUGGAGCAGAUGCAUAAAGAUCAUUACAAGAUAUACAAUCUCUGUGCGGAGAGGUCUUACGACUCGAGCAAAUUUCACGACAGGGUGGAAAGGUACGCGUUCGAGGAUCACACGCCGCCCAACAUAGAACUGAUUCAGCUGUUCUGUGAGGAUGUGCACAACUGGCUCAACGCUGAUCCGAGGAACGUGGCCGCCGUGCACUGCAAGGCCGGCAAAGGCAGGACUGGAACAAUGGUGUGCUGCUAUUUACUUUAUAGCGGGCAGAAAGCGACAGCGGACGAAGCUCUGCAGUUUUACGGUACGAAGAGGACACAUGACGAAAAAGGUGUAACGAUACCGUCUCAGAGGCGGUAUGUUGAGUACUAUGCAGCGCUGGUCCGGUCAAGGUUGCAGUAUACGGCGACUAAAGUGUACAUACGCGAGUUGGUGAUGACACCGCCGCCGAUGCUCAACGGCGGGCAGUGUACGCUCGAGCUUACAGUGUCGCAGGCUCAACCACCGUUCAAAGUAAGCUUCUUUUAAUUUCUAACUCAAAAUCGUGCUAAACUUAGUGCUAAACGUAGUGCUUUUUUUGACGCUGAGAAAUUCAUCAAAAUACUUGAACAUCAUACAAUUUUUUAGUA